AUGCAUUUGAUGAUGAUGUGCUCACAUCGUGUGGCUCUGCUUCACCUGCGUCUGUCUUUCCUCGGCGGCUUGCGAUCUAAGCUCGCAGCUUUCGAGGUGCGUGAGACCGCUCUUUCAGGUGCGUGAGACCCCUCAGGAAGGCGCAGGCGGUCAACAGGUGCGUCAAAAGAGAAGUCUUUCACACAUCUGUCAAUUGCAUGCACUGUCUUGCCCUUCCCUGCAGAUGUCUGACUUAUUCCGCUCACGCCGCCUCGUCUGACGGCCAUUGCCAGCCACCCCGUCGGCAAUGAGAUCCUCGGCUUCACCAUUAAGGCCAUCGAGGAGAGCGGCACACUUCGACUCAUCAACAGACGCGACUUCCACCGACAGCUCGUCGACCGCACCUUCUUCCAGCGUUGGAUUGGUGAGCAGCACCCGGCGGCUCUCCGCGCAUUCAUCGUCUUCGAGGUGCGUCGCGAGGCCAAUAUCCUCUUCGUGGCGAUGUGCCUGGUGAGGGAUGGCGGCAGAUGGGACGACUGGCCUGACUAUCUGAGCGUGCUGUCGGCUGCCCGUGAGGUGACGCUGCCGAUCCGCAUCACCGAUGCCGACGUGGAGCUGCUGCGGGCGUCUGUGCCCCGCCUGGUCCGGCGGCUCAAGACCAGGGACCGUGACGACCUGAAAAAUCAUCAGCACGAGUGGCUGCAGCCGCGCUUUGGCCCCAACGUGCGGCGCAUCAUCGUCCGUCAGGAUGAGCAGCAGUAGGCGACGGCGCGACUGAGCGGCAUCGGACGGCCGUCGCGUUUCGUGAUUGAUUGGGAGGGAACAGUGUUCCGGGUCUCCAACAACCACUAUUGCCGCGAUGUGCUGCUUCGCGACUUCGCCUGCCGUCAGUCCAUCCGCAUCGGACUCCGAUUCUCAUUCCGCAGCCCGCCAUCGCCCCCGCCCAAUGGUGUCUGUCUGAGUGUGCUGCAGUUCCUCGCCAACCAGGCCCGGCCCCUCACACCCACAUACACAACUUACCUCGAGAGACCGCCAGCUGCAACCCAAUACACACAUACUGCCGCGACGAUAACGGUGAAGGGGCCAUAUGUCUACGUCCUGCCUGAGGGCGACGAUGGCCCUCCGUGCGUCGUGUCCCUGCUCAGAGAGUUCCAGCUCUCCCCGCCUACUGGUGCCACUCUCGACAUGGUCAUGACGAGCCUGAUCAGCCCCCACCAAUGGCAAGACAGCCCCGUCGACCAUCGCCGCCAUCUCGAGUCACACGACCUCGCCUUCGUCCCACCGACGUCGGUGCUGGCCAGUGCUGAGGCAUUGCCUGAUGGUGUGGAGCGCAUCGCCUCGCCGGCUGGGGCUGGUACUGUGAGUGUGGCGCCCGUCUUGUCGUUCAUCGGCGACCAGCUCAACACCAACGGCCGUCCGCUGGUGCACCAGGGCGUGACGGACCUGCUGACAUUCGUCAGUCAGCUGGGAGGGUCCUUCCCUCAGGACGGCGUGACGGUGGAGAAGUGCUUCCUGAUGUACAGACCGGAGGCCAUUGAAUGA